AUGGCUAACAAGGCAGUCAAAAGAAACGAUACCGUUUCUUCUCCAAUACUGACUGAGAAAACAAUCACCACCAAGCCGCAGCAGUUGAUAGGAACCCUAAUUUCAUCGUCACUUCACUCAUCGCCACUUCCCACUAUUCCUUUCGAUCUCAUUCCAGAAAUUCUCCAUAGGCUCCCCGUGAAACCUCUCAUGCAAUUUCGAUGUGUGUGCAAGUGGUGGAAUUCUCUAAUUUCUGAUCCCAAGUUCGCCAAGAAGCACUUUCGCUUCUCAACCACAUGCCUCAUCCACAUCUUAACCUACUCCUCACUCUCACACAAGUACAUUAUCAAGUCUUACCCUCUCAACUCUCUUUUCACCAAAGACGUAGCCUACAACAAAAUCGCGCAGCACGAGAUUGCUUCCAGCCAUUGUGUUUACAAUGUUGGCUCAUGCAAUGGCAUCAUCUGUGUUGCCGAAUAUCAUAUCUAUGAACGCUUUGCUAUUUAUCGAUUGUGGAACCCUUCCAUUAGAAAAUUCAAGGAAUUGCCCCCACUUGAAUUGCAACAUGCUGGUUAUAAUUUUCAGAUGCACGGCUUCGGCCAUGAUCCUAUUUCUGAUAAUUACAAGGUGGUGGUUGUUUUUCGGGAUAAUAACAAAACUGAUGUAAAGGUGGUUCAUAAUGUGGGUACCAAUUUCUGGAAAGACAUUAAAGAGACGUUCCAAUAUGAUCGGUUCAUUGUGGAGCAGAAAUCGGGAAAAUAUGUGAAUGGCACGAUUAAUUGGUUGGCUUCUAAAGAUUAUAGUAAAGGUCAACGUUUUAUUGCUUCUUUUGAUUUGGGAAACGAGUCUUAUAAAAAAGUUUUGCUACCGGAUUAUGAUUAUAGAGAAAUUGGUUCACGUACUUUGCACUUGAGUGUUUUCGGGAAUUGUUUGUGCUGGAUUUGUAGUAAUGAUGUUUGGAUUAUGAAGGAAUAUGGGAAUAAAGCGUCUUGGACUAAAUUGUUCACUAUACCUUUCAUGCCAUCUUAUUAUCAUCUCUUUGCCAAUGUAAUGCAUAUUUUUGAGGAUGGCCUAGUGACGUGGAAGUCUACGCAGGAUUUGACCCGGAACUUGGUUUUUUACAAUUCUAUAAAUGGCUCUGUAAAGUUUUCUUAUUUUCAGUUUAGAUACAUCCUAGAAAUCUGCGUUGAAAGUUUGAUAUCACCUUGUUCUUAA